AAACUUUAGUAUUUACCCAAACUUGUAAUGGACUAGUUCAGUUUGAAACGAAGGCGCGCAGCACAUCACGUUGCCGGAGAGUCGGAAGAAGCCGGCGGUUCCUGACGCGUCCAAACACCUGGUGACGCCGGGAGACGUCAUCACAACGGACACGGGAUACAUGAGUUGACUCUUUGACUGGCUGGCACCCCAACACUCCAGUCCCCAUCUGAAUACUCGACACAAAGUCAACAUCUGAUGAUAAACGGCAAAAACACAAGUACAAAUACCAAACUUGAUGAUAGUGUCUCCUGUACCAAAUGUAAUAUUAUAGUACCAUCACAACUUCAGGCAGAAGUCCAGAGCUGCUGUUUGCACAAUGGAAGAACGUUAUGUUAUAUAGAUCCUAACACAACAGCAAUUCAAAGGAUGUCUAACUAUUGCAACCGCUGUGAUCAAAAGAUUUCUAACUAUUGUGACAACUGUGAUCGUGAAGUUCGUGGCAAACAUUCUGCACAGUACCAUGAGGAUGGCUCCUGUACCUUUGGAAUUAAAUACAAAAAUUAUGACCUAUGUGCUGAACUCACCAGACAGCGGAAGAGUGGUGAGUUUGUGGACGUGGUGGUGGAGGUAGAAGGCAGGGAGUUCCCUUGUCACCGUGCCGUGUUGGCGGUCACGCCAUACUUUCAAACCAUGUUUUCCUCCAACCUCAUGGAAAGCAGGGCCAGGGUUAUAACACUACACGAUAUUGACUCUGAGAGUUUUUCCAAGAUCCUGGACUUCGUGUACACGGGAGAAAUCUUGAUUGGUGAAGACGACGUCCAAGACAUUCUGCAGGCAGCACACAUGCUGCAAGCUGAGGAAGUCCUAGAGUGCUGCCAAAAGUUCAUUAAAAAGAACCUUUGCCCAUCCAACUGUGUGGGUGUCAUGCGCCUUGCUGACAUGUAUGGCUUGUGUGGUUUGAAGACAAUAGCAAGAAGCAGGGCGGUGUCUCAGUUCUCAGAGGUUGGACAAAGUGAGGAGUUCCUGAGCCUUUCAACGCAGCAGCUUUUGGAUCUACUUGAAGACAAGGAGCUGCAAGUUGAGAAUGAAGAUGACGUUGUCCUUUCUGUGAUACGAUGGCUAAAUCACAACCCAGAAAGCCGCAAGACUGAGGCAUGCAGAAUUCUUCCAGUGCUUUGCUUAUCUCGUGUAAGGGUCAGUGUGCUAGAGAAGCUUGAGGCCCACCCUGCGAUACAGGAGUCACCCAAAUGUCUUGUCAAAGUCAUUGCUACAAAGGAGGGACAUUUCAGUGGCUCACCUCAGCUCAUGGCGGACACAGAAAAAGAGGAUGAUGGAAGAAAACCCAGCUCUGGAAGUUCAGACGACCUAGCACUCAUUGUCGGUGGUUGGAAGACAGUCACUCAAGAGCAUUACAGCGAAAAUCCUACACCACCGACGCCUCUCCAAAGCAUAAUUUGUAUGGAUAUAGAUCGUAAGCAAUGCUACCAUGUCACUGACCUUCCGACACCGAUCGUUGGAUGCAUGAGUGUGGCAAGUGCAGGACGAUACUUGUACGUGACGGGAGGGCGCGCCUCGUCUUUACUUCACCCAGACCCUGGUGUCAGCAACAAUCCAUCCAAACAAGCCUUUCGAUACGACUUUGCUACGGACACUUGGACAAGGUUACCUGACAUGCCUCGCGGUAGGGCAGGGCACCAGUCUGCCAUUGUUGAUGGAAAACUCUUCCUGGUUGGAGGCGACACUACGGCGACAUUGUUUAACAUGUUCAGUAUGGAGUGUUUUGAUAUUGAAGCAGAAGCUUGGAUACAGCCACCUAAAGUGCCUGCUAUCAUCCCGUCACCUAACCUGAAGGUGAUAGCAUGUGGUGGUAAGCUUGUGCUCAUUCAGGGACUUAGAAAGAAGGGAAGGUUCUGUGUCCAUGCCUUAGAUGUUAAAACUCAACAUUGGACUUUCGCCAGCAGGUAUGUUCCAGCCGAGGACUUCGAUGCCAAUAUCAGAGCAACCACUGUUCACAACAAGGUUCAUUUCUGUGUUGAUAUGUAUAUGUAUUCGUUAGUCUACACCUAUGAUGUUGACAAGGAAACACCAUCUAUUGAAGAGGAGAAGCUAAACACACAAGUUGUCAAAGAGGAGCUUCACAUAGUGCAUGCAGUAUGCAGGAGACGCAAGCGCUAUGUCAAUGGACGGAAGGGUAUCAUCAACACCGUAUCAAGAAAAACCUAUGAACUGCAUGCAGGUCAAGUAAGACGUUUCUACUUCCAUGAUAUGAGCGGACACACCAAACUGACCCUUCCUUUUGCUCUGUUUGGCCACGGAUUCCUGGCAACCAAGAAAGGUCAUGUUGGGUGGUACUGCAGGGACAAGCUUGCAGAAGUGGAGAAGGAGAGGGAACUGCAGGAUUUGCUCAGGUAUUAUCAUUAUCCGAGCUCAGACGAUGACUACUGAAUGAUUUGAUUUCGCUGUCUCUUACAAGUAACAGACAGACAGACAGGGGAAGCUACUUGUAUCCAUGGCAAGAAGAGUUGCCUGUUUAAGCCAUACCAAUUUUAUUUGUUGCUUCUCGGAUUCACCUGUCCAUUUUUUUAUUUAAAAAAAAAAAGAAAGAAUAAAUCCCAAGAAAAAAAUAAUACUAUCUCAAACCUGUAAAUAUAACCAUUCAGAGCCAAAAACACAUAACUAAUUUCAAUCUAAAAGCAAUACCUUUAUUAUUGACGUCCUUUUAUUCAGAACAUUAGUAACAAAUCAAAGGAAGGGAUUCAUUGUAUAAAAUGUGCCAUUAGUAUCUUCAACCCAGACCUUUAAAAAUUUAUUGUUGGUCCAAUUUACGCAACAAAUACAUUUGGUGUGGCUUUAUGGUCUAGUGAGAAUAGUGGCAGAGAUUGGUAGAAGACGAAUCCUUGUAUUUCUAGCGUACUUAGCUUUGCUGAUACAGAUUAGAUAGGUGAUUUUAGGUGGCAUUAAUUUGUUACUUGUGUUCUUAAUUGAAGUCGCAAUGUUCAUAACUUUCUUCCAUGUGUAUAUAUAUACAUGUUUACUUGUACCUUGUCCAAAGGGAGGAUAUAAGCAAUGUAUUUUUUUUAGCUUCUACUACCUUUAGUUUUAGUGUAUAUCUAUGUAAUGUUAGUUCUGUAGGUUGCCUUGUUUACAUUUUAGUCUAAAAACAAUAUACGUAUUAUUACAUACUCUGACAUAUUGUUACUAUACCAAGCAAGGGUACAAGUGCCUUCAAUGCCUUCCACAUUUUGGCACUGUGUAUGAGCUUAUGCCCCAACUGUAAUCAACAUAUGAACGUUAUACAUCAACAAGUGUGGUGGGUCUUAACAUGCUUAAAACUCCUUAAACAGAGGAUCAGGCCUGUCGCUCAUCGUUUUUAAUGCCUGUUGACACUGUUCUCUGUCUUGUGACAGGUGAGUGUUAAGAUUUGCUUGCACUUCAGAUGUAAUGUUAACGUUGGAGAUUUGAUGACAGAGCUCCACUAGCUUUAUUAACCCUGAAAUAUAAAUUAAACCAGUUUUAACAUUA